AUGGACGUUACGUACUCCGUCGCAUGGCAAGUCGGUCGAACAAUGGCUCUUGGCGAUCAAGCAUUCGUAGCUGCUCCAGGCCGUGUUGAGACGUCCGAGAUCAAGGUCGAUAUCAGACGACAGUACACUGUUGACCAGGGUAUCCGCGAAACUGACGGGGAUAGACACAAGGCUUUGAAGCAAGUUACGUACACCCCAUUAACAGCCGAGAACGUGUUUAUCUGGAACUCUCAACCCAAUCAGAAUAUCGGUGACUUGCGUAUCCUCCGUUUGCCAGCAUUUACUGAUCUUCAAUUGAAGACUCUGCGGGACAUGAUGGGGAAACAACAUGGAACUGGAGUGUCUUACUUUGACGACAACACGUCUACAUCAGCUCUGUUCGCUAUGCAGUUGAACGAUCCAAUUUACAACCUGACCAUCAACGUUGCUGGUUCAAGGCUCACAGAAGCCCUGGCUAGUCUGGCACCACCUGAUGUCGGAGAUGGAAGCCCGGGGCUGAGAACCAUGAAUAUGCUACAGGCAGUGCGAGUGAAGAAGCUGUCUGCCUCUGGUGAGGAGGUAGCCGCGACAGCUUUCGGAGACGAUUCAGAACCGAAUGACGAAAGCGACAUUGGGAACUACGAAGGGUGGGACUACUCGAGGCCGGAGGGCUACGCGCCUUCACCCGAUGGAGUCUCCAGUCACCUGGCUCCUCAUGUCAGAGCCAUGCCACUUCAUCAAGGUCCAACGACCGAGGACCCAGUGCUUUUCUCCAGCGUGACCUCCAGAUCCAACGCCGGAACCCUGUCAGUCAACAAACCACCAAGAUCAGAGCCAGUCUCAGCACCAAAAUUCCUCAUGCGCGUCAGCAGUAACUCAACCGAAACUCACGAUCAAGUCAUACUUGACAGAACAAACCUCCCUCAAGACCUCAUCUUCUCUAUCGUCAUAAAGCAGAGUGAGAUUAGUCGGUAUCUGCUCAUGGAACUGACGAUCGACGUCGCCCUUGGCUCGAACAACCCCGAAUACUUCUUGAUGUCCAACUACACUGGUCCAGGAGCACACAUGCUGACAAACCUACGCCUCAACGUCGUUUCCAUAACAUGGUAUGAUCAAAGCCAUGAUCAGUAUUUUCUGCGUGUUCGUCUGCUUCCUAGAGCUGAGAAAGGAUGGGUUAUAGCAACGGCUAUUAAUGAGUUGAGUUUCCUUUUGGGGUUGGCCAGUAUUAAUGCUCCGACCGGCGGAUUUGGAAUGUCGACUGCAAGUGUUCAGACUCGGGCGAGGUAUUGUAGGAAUCCGGCUCUGAAUAUCAAUGACGUUAACACCAUGAUUGUCGAGAAUCCGCCGGUGGAGGUACAGGUGGUAAUGCAUUGA